CUUAGUUCUUCAUUAUUACUUUUCCUCGCUAAACUUGCAAUUAAUUACUAAAACAUUUACAUUUACUUCGACAGAACUAGUUUAUAACUGACACUUAGGCAAUCAUAUUAACUGUAAAUAAUUGCUAAUUAACUUAACGUCAACGUUUGCUGUAAAAGAAAAGUCACGACGACCGCUAGAAAUAACCACUCUAAAUUAAGUACCGUCUCUUUCAAUUAUAUUGUGCUAUCUUCCUCGUCGGUUGUAUAUUAAUAUUUUUCAUUGUUCCCAGUAUUAAGAGCCAUGGAAUAACACAAUCGUUAGAGAAUCGAGGGGAAAGUCUUGCAGACUGCUUCUUACGUCCGGAAUUUAAAUCCUGUGGUUUUUCAUCUCUCCGCUGUCAUCUUCGCCUUUCAUCCAUCCCCAAAAUGAUAAAAUAAACUACGUCCGACUUCACCCACUAAAAUUGCUGUGUUUGUACCUAAAUUGAAAACAAUCAUUAACUAUAUCUAACUAUCGAAUGAAAGAGAAAAGAUAUUUCGUUCUAACGUCAGCGCAAUUUUCUUUCUGUCAUCUAAACACGACAAGCUUCAGCUUUUGAUCCUGUUAAUCAGAAAUCGAUAUUCAAAUCUUGCAGUGGAAGUGUAAUUCAACGGAACGCGAAAGGAGAGACGGCGCAGAUGACGUCAAGUCGCCGUCUUUUUACGUCGUUCUUCUAGAAGUAGUGAGAAGGGAUUCGAGUUGUGGAGAUCAGGCGACUCAACACAUGAUAACAACUAAUUGAUCUGACCAUGGUACCCAAUUUAAAUUCGAGAAUAACUGAUGAUAUUGGCAGAAAAGGAAUUUUUAUAUCUGACAUCUUCCUUAUUCAUCUUCUUUGAUAGACUAAAGGAAGCUGUUAUACAGAAGAGGUAUAACCAUGUUUAUAUAAAUUGGUGAUGAAUUAUAGUGAAACGUUUCCUCUCUAUGAGAUUGUCAUCAACAUUUCUCACAUUCACUGCUUAAUAUAUGUAGCAGAUUAAUUUCAUUUGAAAUAAGCUUGGAUUAAAUUACAAAGACACUUUCUGCACCUUCAGAUAUCAGCAAAGAUAACAGUUGAUGGAACAGACCAAAUAGUUGUUAUGAACAAGUUAUAAAAAGAGAAAUAUGAAAAAUAUUCCUACAUAUAUCUAUAUAGUGGUGAGAGCCAAAAAUUAUGGUAAACUUAAUCAUAUGAGAAAGUUUGAGAGUUGAUUUUCUUUUUCUUCAUCACUUUAGCAGCUAAAUUUUGACUAUUUUACAAUCAAAUGAAUGAGAUUUGUUCUCUCAUACCUAUCCUGCAAGUCACUUUGAAAACAAUCAGUUUACUGAAGUUUCAAACCUAAGAGAUAAUGCAGGUUUAAUUCAAAACAACGUGAAUGGAAAAGAAUUUCAAGUACCAGAGUAAAAGGUUAAGAAGAUGCCGAAAGAUUUAGGAAAAACACCACAUCAAUGUGAUAUCUGUCAAAAAUCUUUCUCUCAAAAACAUAGCUUAACAACUCACAAAUAUAUUCAUACAGGAGAAAAACCAUAUCACUGUGAUUCCUGUGGUAAAUCAUUCUCCGGCAAACCAAACUUAAAUCGACACAAGCUUAUUCAUACAAAAGAGAAACAAUAUCAGUGUGAUAUCUGUGGUAAAUCAUUCCCUCACAAUCAUGGCUUGGCUAAGCAUCAUCAAAUUCAUUCAAAAGAGAUGACAUUUCGAUGUGAUAUCUGUGGUAAAUCAUUCUCUCGGAGUGAUUACUUAGCAACACACAAUCGCAUUCAUACAGGAGAGAAGCCUUAUUGCUGUGAUAUCUGUGGUAAAUCGUUCUCUCAGAAUAAUAGCUUAGCUAUGCACAAUCGCAUUCAUACAAGAGAGAAACCGUAUUGCUGUGAUAUCUGUGGUAAAUCGUUCUCUCAGAAUCAGCACUUAACUAAUCACAAUCGCAUUCAUACGGGAGAGAAGCCAUAUUGGUGUGAUAUCUGUGGUAAAUCAUUCUCUCGGAAUGAUCAUUUAACUAAACACAAUCGCAUUCAUACAGGAGAGAAACCAUAUUGCUGUGAUAUCUGUGGUAAAUCAUUCUCUUCGCAUGCCAGUUUAACUAAACACAAUCGCAUACAUACAGGUGAGAAACUUUAUCGCUGUGAUAUCUGUGGUAAAUCAUUCUCUCAGAAUGAUCACUUAGCUAGACACAAUCGCAUUCAUACAGGAGAGAAGCCAUAUCACUGUGAUAUCUGUGGUAAAUCAUUCUCUCAGAAUGAUAGCUUAGCUAAACACAGUCACAUUCAUACAGGAGAGAAACCGUAUUCCUGCGAUAUCUGUGGUAAAUCAUUCUCUCAGAAUGGUCACUUAGCUAUGCACAAUCGCAUUCAUACGGGAGAGAAGCCAUAUCACUGUGAUACCUGUGGUAAGUCAUUCUCUCAGAAUGAUAACUUAAUUAUUCACAAUCGUAUUCAUACAGGAGAGAAGCCAUAUCGCUGUGAUAUCUGUGGUAAAUCAUUCUCUCAGAAUGAUAGCUUAGCUAAGCAUUGUCGCAUUCAUACAGGAGAGAAGCCAUAUCACUGUGAUAUAUGUGGUAAAUCAUUCUCUCGGAGUGAUCAUUUAGCUGUGCACAAUCGUAUUCAUACAGGAGAGAAGCCAUAUCGCUGUGAUAUCUGUGGUAAAUCAUUCUCUCAUAAUGAUAGCCUAUCAAAGCACAAUCACAUUCAUACAAGAGAGAAACUAUAUCACUGUGAAGUCUGUGGUAAAUCAUUCACUCAGAAUGAUGGUUUGGCUAAACACUGUCGCAUUCAUACAGGAGAGAAGCCAUAUCACUGUGAUCUCUGUGGUAAAUCAUUCUCUCGGAAUGAUCACUUAGCUGUGCACAUUCGUAUUCAUACAAGAGAGAAGCCAUAUUGCUGUGAUAUCUGUGGUAAAUCAUUCUCUCAGAAUGAUAGCUUAGCUAAACACCAUCGUGUUCAUUCAGAAAAGAAGCUAUAUCACUGUGAUAUCUGUGGUAAAUCAUUUUCUCGGAAUGAUAGCUUAGCUAAACACCAUCGCGUUCAUACAGGAGAGAAACCAUUUCACUGUGAAAUCUGUGGUAAAUCAUUCACUCAGAAUGAUGGUUUAGCUAAACACAGUCGCAUUCAUACAGGAGAGAGGCCAUAUCGCUGUGAUAUCUGUGGUAAAUCAUUCUCUCAGAAUAUUCACUUAGCUGUGCACAAUCGUAUUCAUACAGGAGAGAAACCAUAUUGCUGUGAUAUCUGUGAGUGUAAAAUAUCUGAAGCUCAAGAAUUAGUUAAACAAAGACUUACAUUUGCACAACAAUAA